GCCGCUCGCUUGGGCCGUAUUCGCUGUGCGUUUGUCCGAUCGUCCGUGUGCUCUGUUCGCUUCCCGUGCCGACCCGCGUGCAUAACAUUCGGUUUUUAUUCGUGUUCACGAUUAUUUCCGUCCGCAAGUCCGUGUGACUAGGUUUUCUGCCCGCAACAAGCACACGCACUCCGUAACGGUGCGUUAUUCACGUCAAUUUUCCAAACGUCGCGAAUCCCCGUCCAGCAGUACGUUUUUUGAAAUUUUUUUUUAAAAAUUUUUUUAUUUUCAAAACCAAAAACCCCAAAAUGAGUACGAAAGAAGCCAAGAACGACGUCGCCGUAGACAAAAUCGCCGACGAUGUUGUGGACGCCAAGGCCGACCUAAAGGGCACCAAAAGAACAGCAGACGAAAAAUCAGAAGAAGUGAAAAAAUUGAAAAAAGAAGAAAAUGGUGAGGAAGACCUAGAUGAAGAAGAUGAACCCGAAGGCGAAGAAGAUGAGGAAGAAGAAUUCGCCGAAGGUGAAGAUGAUCUAGAUGAAGCUGACGGUUGUUCAGAAGAUGAUGAAGACGAUGUAGAUGGUGUAGAAGAAGAUGAUGAUGUGUAAACUGACAUAAUGUACAAUUGAACAAGUCUCUUAAUUUUAUAUAAUUUAUACAUAGUGCCGCAUGUACUCGGUAACUCCGUUCGAUAGAAUUUGAUUCCAAAAAUGUAAUUUUUUUUUUUAUACAUAAUAUGUAAAACAAAGCUUUUUUGCUACUGAGUGACUAAGACAAAAUUGGAUUUUUUUUAAAUUUUAAACAGGAUAUUCCUACUAAUUUGUCUUGUGUACAUGUUCUAAGUCUCUAGUCACUCACUAUCAGUCAAGUUUUGAGCAUGUACUUGUGAAAAAAAGUUUCUAAACUUUAGGUAACACUUGACUGGAAUACUUAAACUAACUUGACCACCGACUAUUAACUUAAUGGUUUUUUUUUUAAUAACAGGAUUAUAAAUGCAAUAAUUUCAUUUUUUUUUUUAAAUAAAUUUAAUACUACUUAAGCAUAAGUAAUUAAUAUAAAUAAUAUUUACAAAAUAAAAAAUUGAAAUUGUAAUUUAGUUCAUAGGUUUGUCUUCUAAAAAUAUAUAUAUAUAUAUAUAUAUAUUAUAUAUUAUCGUUUAAAAUUUAAGCUACUUUUGUAUAAACAUUUUGAUUAAAUUAUAAGAUAAUCAAAUAAGUACCUCGUGUUGGUUUUUUUAUUUUGUAUUCUCGGUGUGUUUCAAAGUUUAGGAAAUUUUUUUUUUUUGUUUCUCAUUCCAACUAAAGAAUUUUUUAAGAACUUUUUAGCCACUGAAAAUAUGUUUUAAGUUUAUGUUUAACAUUAAAUAAAAAAAAAGAAAUUGUAAUGUCAAUUUAUUUUAUCCCAUUUAACUAUUUAAGUAAAAUAAGUAAAUAAUAUAAUAUAAUUUAAUAUAUAUAUCUACACACACACACACAUCAAUGUUUUGUUGUUUAGACAGUAUUGUAGUUGACAAUUAAUUUAUUGUUGUAAAUAAUUCUAGUACAAAAUAAUGUUUGGAUUGUUAAUAUUCUUAAUACAUAUUGUCAGUUGCUACAGCUCAGCAUUUAGUUUUUAUUUACUAUACAAUUACUGUUUUUUAAGUAAUACAAUAUUAGCUGUUUUAUAUACUGAAUGGUCGUUUGUGACCUAUGGUGAAAGCAGCUUUACAUAUUGUGUCCUGUUUCCAUAUUUUUAACCAGUUACUCUAUUUCCGUUGUGAGUAACAAAUCAAAUUUAAAUUUAAUAUUUUUUAAUGAUAAUUAUUGUCUUGUGAAUAAUUUUUCAAAACUGUAUGUGUAAUUGUCAUUUGACUCUAAUAAAUUUCCUAUUCAAAUAAAUGGUAAAACAAUAUCUACCGAGUAC